AUGGCGUUGAAUUUUUUAACACCUGCUGAAAUCAAGACCAUUUCUUUCUUGGAUUCUUCGAAGUCAAAUUACAACCUUAAUCAUCUCAAGCUCCAAGGUGGAUUUUCUUAUAAGCCAAAACACUGUGGAGCAACAGUUGGGAAAAAAAUUCAAUGUUCUUCACAGCCCCCUCCUCCGGCAUGGCCAGGGCGGGCUGUCGCAGAACCUGGCCGGAAGACUUGGGAUGGUCCUAAGCCUAUUUCGAUAGUUGGAUCAACAGGCUCCAUUGGUACUCAGACUUUGGACAUAGUUGCCGAGAAUCCAGAUAAAUUUAGAGUUGUUGCACUUGCAGCUGGUUCAAAUGUGACGCUUCUUGCUGAUCAGGUGAAGACAUUCAAACCUCAAUUGGUAGCUGUAAGAAAUGAGACAUUAGUUGAUGAGCUGAAAGAGGCUCUAGCUGAUGUUGAACACAAACCUGAAAUUAUUCCUGGAGAACAGGGUGUAAUUGAGGUAGCUCGUCAUCCUGAUGCCGUUACAGUUGUUACGGGAAUUGUAGGUUGUGCAGGUCUUAAGCCUACAGUGGCUGCAAUAGAAGCUGGAAUAGACAUUGCCUUGGCUAAUAAAGAAACGCUAAUUGCUGGUGGUCCUUUCGUUCUUCCUCUUGCCCACAAACACAAAGUGAAAAUUCUUCCUGCUGAUUCUGAACAUUCCGCCAUAUUCCAGUGUAUACAAGGUUUGCCCGAGGGUGCUCUUCGGCGAAUCAUUCUAACAGCAUCUGGGGGUGCUUUCAGGGAUUGGCCUGUUGAAAAGUUAAAAGAAGUUAAAGUAGCUGAUGCUUUAAAGCAUCCAAAUUGGAACAUGGGAAAGAAAAUUACUGUGGAUUCUGCCACCCUAUUCAAUAAGGGUCUGGAAGUUAUUGAAGCUCAUUAUCUUUAUGGGGCUGAUUAUGAUAAUAUUGAAAUUGUAAUUCACCCCCAAUCCAUCAUACAUUCAAUGGUUGAGACACAGGAUUCAUCUGUAUUGGCACAAUUAGGAUGGCCUGAUAUGCGCUUGCCCAUUCUUUACACUAUGUCCUGGCCAGAAAGAAUUUACUGUUCUGAGAUAACUUGGCCACGCCUUGAUCUUUGCAAGCUAGGGUCUUUGACAUUUAAAGCCCCGGACAAUGUCAAGUACCCAUCAAUGGACUUGGCAUAUGCUGCUGGUCGAGCAGGAGGAACCAUGACUGGGGUUCUUAGUGCAGCAAAUGAGAAAGCUGUUGAAAUGUUCAUUAAUGAGAAAAUCGGCUAUCUAGACAUAUUCAAGGUUGUGGAGCUCACAUGCGAGAAGCAUCAAGCAGAGCUGGUGUCCUCACCAUCUCUCGAGGAAAUUAUACAUUAUGAUUUGUGGGCACGAGACUAUGCUGCCAGUUUGCAGCCUUCUUCCGGCUUGAGUACCCCUGCUCUUGUAUAA